CCGCCUCGGCUCUUGCAGUCCGACUGAGUGGCCAUGGAUCGCUCCCACUCCCACUCCCACACCCCUGCACAGGGUGUCCUGCGGAACACGGGCUACACCUACUCCCUCAGCUCCAGUUACUCCUCCUUGGCCCGUGCGGACGGGAGAGUGGUCGCCGCGGCGUCGCUGGCUCCGCCCAGAAUGUCCCGCCGGAGCCUGAGGCUGCACACCCCGGGCUGUCGCUACGGCGACGACAGCCUGCUGGACUCCGCCCCCAACCACAGCGCCGCCCACAGCGUCACCUACACCGCCGGCUCGGCCAAUCGCAGAGAGUCCCGGACGCUGAAGAGCCGGCGGCAGCACCAGGCCCCGUUGGGCUCCCAGUCUCUGCUGCUCCCGGCGCGCAGGUCCGAGAGCGCCGCCCUGCUGGGCCACACCAGCCUGCACAGCUGCGCCGCCAGCGACUCCUCCCUGCUGUCCACCCUGCUGGACGAGUCCUGCAUCCAGGAGCGCACGCUGGUCGACAGCUUCUGGGGUUUGGAUGAGGAAACUGAUGUCAGAGAGCACAGCUUCCGGGCGGACCGCAGCGCGUCGGUGCUGAACGGGGGGGACAUGAACACGGCACAGACUCAGACCUCUGUGAUCAACGGCUACACCUGCGGAGACUGCAGCCUGCACUCGGAGAGGAGGGAGGCCCUCACCGCCUACUCUUCCUCCCAGAAACCCUCCUCCUCCUCUUCCUCCUCCGCCGCCGUGGGCGCUGUCUCCGCGUCAGCGUCUCGCUCUGCCUCCGCGGAAUCCGUAUCCAUGGCAACCGCCGCUGGGUCCACCAUCUACUCCCGCGACAAAACCCGCCGCCACACCGGUCUCCUGGCGUCGGUGUGGAGACGCGCCCUGCUCCACGGCAGGCGGGCGCUGGCCUACCUGGUCUCCAUAGUGACCGUGCUGGCGCCCUGGCUCAAGGAGGGCCGAGGUGUGCUGGCGUCUCUCUCUCAGUCCUGCCUGAACUUCAGCAGCAGGGCUGCGUCCUCCCUUGUUUCCAUAGCGACCACUUUUGCACACAGUACCCUUCUCAAGAUGCGGCAGAAAGGAAGUGAUGUCAUUGAUGUCUGUGCUCAAGCCCGCCAGCGUUACUGUGGAAGUGUUAAUGUCACUCACCUGAUGGCCUCAGACGGACAGCUCCAUUUUAACGAGUCUCUGUGUGACGACUGCAAGGGGAGGCAGCACGAGGGGGCUCUGGUGGAGCGGGCCGGGUCCUCCAGGGCAGGCCUCCUGAAGGGGGCGCUGGUGGAGCGGGCCCAGUCCUCCAGGGCAGGCUACCUGAAGGGGGCGCUGGUGGAGCAGGCCCAGUCCUCCAGGGCAGGCUACCUGAAGGGGGCGCUGGUGGAGCGGGCCGGGUCCUCCAGGGCAGGCCACCUGAAGGGGGCGCUGUGGCGCUCUGUGGCUCUCGCAGGUCACUCGUUGCUGUGGGCGGUGCGAGGGGCGGGAUCUGCGGGCUGGUUUGUGGCCCAAUCGCUGCUCUCCGUUCUGUGGUCGGCCGCCGCGUCUCCAGGUAACGCGGCCGCGGGGGCGUUCUGGUGGCUGGGGACCGGCUGGUACCAGCUGGUCACGCUCGUGUCCAUGCUCAAUGUCUUCAUCCUGACCCGAGUCCUCCCUAAACUCUACAAACUAAUGCUGUUCCUCCUGCCCUUUCUCCUGCUCCUGGGCCUGUGGUUCUGGUGGCCGGCCGCCCUGCUGUCCUACCUGCCCUCCGUCAACCUGACGGACUGGAGCUCGGCCUCCCUGCUCCCCUGGGCUGGGACCCCCGCCUCCCCCGCACUCCUAGAGAAGAUGAUUCCCCCCAACACCGCCCUUCCUCAGGCUGCCUCACACCCUACUGGUGCUCUACCACCUGCUGUCUCUCAGGAGGAGCGCGUGGCGGGGGUCUCCGUGGCGACGGUCUCCGCGGCGGGGGUCUCCAUGGCGACGGUGGGCGCUGACGCGGAGCGGCUGUCCCGGCUGGAGCAGAGCCUGGCGCGGCUGUGGGAGGGGGUGCAGGGCGGGGCCCGCCUGCAGGAGCGCCAGCACGGGGAGGUGCUGGGCCUCCACGCCUCCCUGCAGCAGCAGCUGGACCGGCAGACGGACCGGGACGGCCUGGCUCUGUGGCUGUCCGGGCUGCUGGACCAGAGACUCGCCCUGCUGAGGGGGGAGAUGGAGCAGGGCGCGGAGCGGGGCGGCCAGGUUCAGCAGCAGCAGUAUGUGCAGCAGCAGCAGGGUCAUGAGUUCCGUCUGGCCGAGAUGGAGACGCUGCUACAGGCCCUGGCAGUCAAGACUGAGGAGCUGCAGCAGAGAGGAGAGACUGACACAGCAGCUCCAGUGAGUGUGAGUGUGGACCACGAGUCCCACAAUGCCCUGCUGGGCCAGGUGCAGAAGCUGGAGGCGGAGCUUGGUCGGAUCAGGCAGGAGCUCCAGGGCGUGAUUGGCUGCCAGGGACGCUGUGAGCAGCUGGGCGGCCUCCAGGACACGGUGUCUGCGCAGAUAAAGCAGGAGCUGCGGACGCUGUUCUACGGCUCUGCGCAGACGCAGACGGAGGAGGAGGAGGAGGAGGAGGAGGAGCGGAAGCUUCCGGAGCCCCUGCUGCCCUGGCUGUCCGCGCAGUUCGCCCGCGGCGCGGACCUCCGCUCCACCCUGGCCUCCCUGGAGAGGAGCAUCCUGGGAAACCUGUCCCUGCAGCUGGGGCAGAGCGCGCAGCCGGCCUGCGCCGCCUCCGUCGCCCACACCGUGGCCAGCACCACCGGGGCUGCUGGGAUGUCAGAGGAGCACGUGCAGCUGAUUGUGAAGAACGCUCUGACCCUGUACUCUCAAGACCGCACGGGCCUGGUGGACUACGCCCUGGAGUCAGGAGGAGGAAGCGUCCUGAGCACGCGUUGCUCUGAGACGUAUGAGACGAAGACGGCGCUGAUGAGUCUGUUCGGUCUGCCCCUCUGGUACUUCUCCCAGUCCCCCCGCGUCGUCAUACAGCCGGACGUCUACCCCGGGAACUGCUGGGCUUUCAAAGGCUCCCAGGGCUACCUGGUGAUCCGGCUGUCUCUGCGGGUCCGUCCCACUGCCUUCUCCCUGGAGCACAUCCCCAAAUCCCUGUCCCCCACCGGCAACAUCAGCAGCGCCCCCCGCCAGUUCACCGUCUACGGCCUGGAUAAUGAGUCCCAGGAGGAGGGCACAGUGCUGGGACACUACACCUACCAGGAGGACGGGGACGCCCUGCAAACAUUCCCUACCACGGUGCAGAACGAGCGGUCGUACCAGGUCAUCGAGGUGCGGGUGCGGUCGAACUGGGGCCACCCGGAGUACACCUGUCUGUACCGCGUCCGCGUGCACGGAGAGCCCCGCCCCCUCCCCGUGACUGACGGCUGAGCGGGGGAGGGGGGGGGAGGUCACGGUUUACAGAGGUGUUGACACAAAACCCACUUCCCACCCACUCCACCCCCUUUUCUUAAUGAGUGACUUAAUCGCUCACCAAACCCAGCACUGAAAAGUCUCCUGCACUGAAAGGCUCCUGUGGGACUGCGCCUGGCUUCUGGGGGGGGGGGUACCUGGCCGCGCUGCUGCCCCCUGGUGGCCGCACUGUCACCCUACCUCCAACCCAACCGCACCUCCCCUUCCAUUGUUUUUAUGUCCCCCUGGUUUUCUAUCCUCUAAUCUAAUCUUUUAAGCACUGACAAAACGAGCGUGAUUCGGACUCGGGAUUUUUUUUUUUAAGGCGUUCGCUGCAGUCAUAUCGAGCGCCUCCACAAAGGACCGUAAAAGCCUUCAACAGAACCAACUGACCAGUCCGACCGCGUCGUCAUCCAGAUACACGCCACGCCGGAUCUAAUCGGUUACACCCUCGUUUUAUUUUCCUUUUAACGACCGCCGUUUUGUUACGACCAUUAAGCUGGACUGGGUAACGCGGCAGCUUGCUGAAAGCACACUUCGCAGUGUCCGUAGAGAGAAGGCGCUCCGCCCAGAAUCCAGACUGGACCCUGGCUUCUGGCUCCGACCGGAACGCUGUCGCCGGCUCGCCCAAAGAGAGACCACGCAGGAAUUUUAUCUGUAUAUUUUGUUAAUAGUUUCUUUAAAUCGGCUAAUAUCAGUGUUGCUUUAAAAUGUAUGUAAAUUACUGCCUGUUGUCAUUUACGUUUGUCGAAUGUUUUUUAAGUCAUUUUGAAACUGAUGAUACUGAAGGAUGCGCUGCACAGACCCUCUUAGUUGGAGUGAAAAUACUCGACUAAAGAUCGAUGACAAUCCGGACGGUUAAACAAACAAACGCUUUUCUUUGGUGUGGAUUCCUCAGCACUAUUUAUUUCGCUGUUAUACGUUAUUGAAAAGAUAGGACUUUAUGCAAUGUAUUUUUGUAAAACGCUUUUCAAAAUAUUUUGUAAUUGUUACGGGACGGAAAUUUAGGGUGGUUUACUGUUUUUAUAUAAUUUUGUUUUAUUUUUGUCUAUGCAUAAGAUUAAUAACUUCCAUCAAAUCUGCCAUCAAAUAUGUUGAAAUAAAAUUAUUUUUUAUUUUA